AUGAAGAGUCUAGUGAUGCUGGCAGCGUUGCUGCAGGUCUCCACCUCCAGCUACGUCUCCGUGAAGAUGCCCUACGCUAGUCCAGCGGGGGUGACCUACAUCAACGGAUACCAGGGCCACGAGUACCCGGUGGGGUACGCAGCUCAGACUUAUGCAGCCCCGGCAGCCCUCCAGUAUCAAUAUCCGGCGUAUCGGUACCCAGCAGCUGUUGCGGGGAAGGUUGAAGCUCAUCAUGUGGGUUACGCGGCUGCUCAAGUGCCCGCUGUCGCUGCUGUCCCCUACGUCAAGCACGUCCCGACAGUCUCCCACGUGCCUGUGACACGGUACGAGGCGCAUCCCGCUGUUAUCGAGAAGCAAUUGGAUGUCGUAAAGCCCGCUGUCUCCACACGCAAGUUUGAAGUUCGUAGACCAGCGAUUCAGAAGCAAUUCUACGACAUCGAAGAGCGUGUGAUCGUCCGCCCCGCUGGAUCCGCAGUAGUAGAGCUUGAUGAGCCGACAUCGAAACUCCAGCGCGGACCCGCAGUGGUUCAGCCCCUCGACGUCAGCCACUACUCGGCAGUCUCUCCCGUCACCCACAAUCUCGUGGCACAAGCGGCGUCUUUCGCCCACGCCCCAUCGUCGCCCACGACCAUUCCCUUCGUCGCUCAUGCUCCAGUGCACGUGACUGUGGCCCCGGUUAUUUCCCAUGCACCGGUGUCUCAUUAUCAGCCGUCCUCCACCGCCGCGCCGGCCUCAGCCGACGGCUCCCAAGGAGAAUCGCAGUCGGAGGAUGAUCAGUCGGUUACUGUGGAGAACGCUGACUUCAGGGGUGCCCAGUUCAGGCAGGGGCUGUUCAGGGCCGCGGGGGAGGGCGAGAAGGCCGCGACCAGGGGGCAGGAGAGGAUGCAACAGGAGUAUUUUCAGAGCCUUACGAAGUCUCAGGUGAAUUCUAUCGCCAGUCAAUCCCAGACCUCCGACAUUCAAGUGAAAUCCAACGGCGAGCAGUCCGCCCCCCCGCGCUUCCUCGCCCACGAUCCCACCCCCAGUCCCUCCGUCAUCCCCAGUCUGCGUGGAUCCCCUGAAGAGAACAGGAGCAAUCAGCAGAAGCUCAUUGACCUCCUCACGGCCCGUGGCGGAGUAGCUGAUGUCGGCUUCUCCCGUGAUGGAUUGUCAUCAUCGGUUGGCGAUGCAGGUCACGUUCGUGCUCGCGUCAUAUCGGCAACCCCCGCCCCAGAGUACGCCGAGCCAACGGGUGAGCGUGUCUCAACUCGGCGGGUCGUCGUGAGCAGACCCAUCGAGACACUCCAGGAAGUUGAUGUCCUCGAGCCAGCGACGAAAUACGAGAGGAUAUCCGUUCAGCAUCCAACUUUAAUCAAAACCGCUCGACUCGAUCACAUUCAAGUGCACGGAUCGGUUCCCGUUGUUGGAAAAGCGCUCACCCCUGCCGUCGCUCAUGCCGCUGUGCCCGUUUAUCAGAAGACAUUCUCACCUGCUUAUGCAUAUUGA